AUGGCACUCCACCAGUAUGACUACAUCUUCGCGGUGACGACCAUAUUCGCCUUUCUCGAUGCCUGGAACAUAGGGGCCAACGAUGUCGCCAACUCCUUCGCCUCGUCGGUCUCCUCGCGGUCCCUGACUCUCAAGCAGGCGAUGGUGAUCGCUGCCUGCAUGGAAUUCGCCGGGUCCGUCAGUGUAGGCUCGCGAGUCGCCGAAACCGUGCGAGAGCGGAUUAUCGAUCCCCAGUUGUACGAGGCUGAGCCGGCCGUGCUCAUGCUCGCCAUGAUGUGCGCCAUCAUCGGGUCGUCGACCUUUUUGACGAUCGCGACGCGCUUCGGACUGCCGGUUAGCACGACGCACUCGAUCAUCGGCGGCCUGGUCGGUGCGGGCACGGCCUCGGUUGGGAUAAAGCAGAUACACUGGGGCUGGCAUGGUGUCGCGCAGGUGUUUGCAGCCUGGGGGGUUGCUCCUGGGAUAGCAGGGGCACUCGGCGCAAUCAUGUUUCUCAUCACGAAGCGGUUCGUGUUGUCGAGCAAAUACGCCGUGCACAGAGCUCUCUUCUCCAUCCCGAUCUACUCCUUCUUUGCGAUCGGGGGAUUAACCAUGCUCAUCGUGUGGAAGGGCAUCCAGCUCGACGUCGAGCUGAACGCCAUGCAGGUCUCCGUCUCCGUGAUAACCGUCGCAACCGGCUGUGUGAUCCUGCAAAUCCUCUUCCUGCUCCCCUACCUGUGGCGCCGCGUCAUGAACGAGGACUGGCAACUGAAAUGGUACGAUAUCUGGCGCGGGCCCUUCCUGCUCACGCGGCCUCUCCCAAGCCCUCCCCCAGCCGGACGCAGCAGCCUCAAUAUAAAAGACUACUACCGGGGCCACCUCACCCAAGACGAGCUCAAAUGCCUGCGCGCCUCAGAACACCUCCUCCAAUCCAUCCAAUCCACAAACUACAACGACCCAGAACGCCUAGACGGCCAACCUCCCGGGAUCGUCGACGGCAUCCCUCCCCGCCCCCCGGGUCCAUGGACAAGCUGGCCGGUGAUCUGGUGGACCAUCCAACGCAUCCUCUACCACGGGCUGGAGCAAGACGUAAUCCAGGCGCAGAAGCGGCAGACCGUGUUAACGUGGGACAUCCAGGACAUGCACGCGCGGGCGUCGCGCUUCGAUAACAGGGCCGAGUACAUGUACAGCUCGUUACAGAUCUUAACCGCGGCAACGGCGUCCUUCGUGCACGGGGCCAACGACGUCGCGAAUGCAAUUGCGCCGUUUGCAACCACGUAUAUCGUUUGGCAGAGCGGGGAGAUCCAGAGCCACGUCCCUGUGCCGACGUGGGUGUUAUGCUUCGGCGGCGGCGCCAUUGUGCUCGGCCUCAUGACAUACGGAUACCAUCUCAUGCGCAAUCUCGGAAACAGACUGACCCUGAUGUCGCCGUCGCGCGGGUUCUGCAUGGAACUGAGCAGCGCCAUGACUAUCUUGAUCGCGACGCGGCUGAGACUGCCAGUGUCAACGACACAAUGCAUAGCCGGGGCGUCAAUUGGCGUCGGUCUGGCGAACGGCGACUGGCGCUGCAUCAACGUGCGUCUUGUUGCGUGGAUCUACUUUGGCUGGGUGAUUACGGUGCCUGUGACGGCGCUGUUGUCGGGGAUGCUGAUGGGGUUGAUUUUGAAUGCGCCGCGGUGGCCAUCGUAA